GGGAAAGAUACUCGACAAACAAUCCAGCACACUAACCACUUGGCCAUGCAUGGGCCAAGUCCCAAGAAUUUUGAAGUGAAGCCCCUGGAAAGCCAAGAGUAUGGUACAUUCUACUCAGGAGACUCUUAUGUUCUACUUCAUACAAAGCAGACAAGAACUGGAAAACUGGAGUGGAACAUUCACUUUUGGCUUGGAAAGAACACUUCUCAAGAUGAGAAAGGAACAGCAGCUAUAAAAGCUGUUGCACUUGACAACACACUUGGAGGAACUCCAGUUCAACAUCGGGAGGUGCAGAGUCAUGAGUCACAGAUGUUUCUCUCUUACUUCAAAAAGAAAGGUGUACGCAUGAAUGUCGUCUCGAAUUCCAUUGGCAACUUGAAUGGCCUUAAUCCUCUCCAUGUGUCUGCUUUGUGGCCCUACCCAAAUGUGUUUUCAGAUGAACAUAGUAAUUCAAGAGACCAUGAGAAGUUUUUCGAGGAGCUUGGAUCAGGGUCCCCUGAUGAUGUUAAGGAUGCAGAGGAGGAAGCAGAAGAUACAGACCAUGAACGUGCAGUGGAGAGAGAAAUUACUUUACACAAAAUCUGGGAAGAAGAUGGUGAAGUGAAUAUUGAAAAGAUUGCUGAACGUCCACUGAAGCAGGAAAACCUUGAGUCUGGGAACUGUUUCAUGUUGGAUGGUGGAGUUAGUGGACUGUUUGUGUGGGUAGGGAAAGAGGCAAGCCCCAAGGAGAGACAGGAGUCUAUGACUAUGGCAGAAAAAUACUUGGAAACAAGGGGAUACCCAUCCUGGACAUCUGUAACCAGGAUCAUUGAUGGUGGUGAACCACCAAUGUUUAAACAGUACUUUUCUUCUUGGCACGAACCAGAGGACCAGGUCGGAUUAGGCCGUGUCUACAAGGCUGAGGAAAUAGCUGCAACUGGGGAUGAAGAAUUUGACAUCAACUCACUACACAGAGAGAAGCGUAGACUUUUAGCUAAGAGUUUGGGAAAAGCUUGUGGAUUUAUGCCAGAUGAUGGAUCUGGACAGAUAGAGAUCUGGAGAAUUGAGAAUUUUGAGCUGACACCUGUAGACUCAUCAAUUUAUGGUUUUUUCUUUGGCGGGGAUAGCUAUGUUCUUAAAUAUACUUAUGAAAAGGAAGGACGAGAAAUGUACAUCAUUUACUUCUGGCAGGGACUCAAUAGUUCACAGGAUGAGAAAGCCGCUUCUGCCAUUCUGGCGGUACAAAUGGAUAAUGACUUAGCAGGAAAGGCUGUUCAAGUUCGAGUUGUCCAAGGCAGUGAACCACAACAUUUUCUACGAAUCUUCAAAGGGAAGAUGGUAGUCUUCAUGGGUGGCCAUGCCAGUGGUUUCCGGAAUAUUCAUGACCAUGACACUUAUGAUGUAGAUGGUACAAGAAUGUUCCAAAUCAAAGGAACAAGUGAUGUAGAUACACGUGCCCAACAGGUUUCAGAAAAAGCUGCUUCACUGAACUCUGAUGAUGUUUUUGUUGUGGAAACUCCUUCUGUUACAUAUGUGUGGAUUGGGAAGGAAUCAAGUGAAGAUGAACUCAAUAUGGCCCGAAAUGUUGCUGAAUUAGUCUCUCCAGGAAGAGAACUCGUGGAAAUAGCUGAAGAAGAAGAACCAGAUGAAUUCUGGAAUAGUAUUGGUGGAAAAGAUGAAUACCAGAAGUCAAGAGGUUUGCCAGCUAAACCACUGCUUGAGCCACGUCUGUUCAAAUGUUCUGAAGUUCGUGGAAAGUUUCGUGUGAAAGAAAUGUGCAACUUCACUCAAGAGGACCUAUCUGUGGAUGAUGUGAUGGUUCUGGAUGCUGGUGAGGAAGUUUAUGUUUGGAUUGGAAAUGGAGCAAGUGAAGAAGAAAAGACAAAUUCAUUGAAACUUGCUGAGGACUACAUCCGCUGUGACCCAACUGACCGCACCUUGGACAACACUGUAAUUAUUACUGUCAAGCAAGGAGAAGAACCAGCAGGCUUCAAGCUGAUCUUUGAUGAGUGGGAUCCAGCUUUUUUUGAGAAUUUUAAGACAUACAAUGACAUAAGACAGGAAUUUCAUCCCUGAAGAACAGUGACCAUUUUCC